AUGAGUUUCGGAAGCCCAGGUGGCGGCGCAACGAAUAUUAAACCUUCGCCUCCCGAGCGAGGAAGCUUUCCUCUUGACCACGAGGGCGAAUGCAAACACCUUGUCUCAAACUACCUGAAAUGUCUAAAACUGCAGCGUGGCGUGAACGACGAGGAAUGCCGCAAGCUAGCAAAGGGAUAUUUAGCUUGUCGGAUGGAUAAAAACCUUAUGGCCCCAGAUGACUUUAAAAACCUCGGUCUUGUUUUUGUGGACGAAACGAAGUCGAUGUCGAGAUCACCGCAGACGCAGAUAUCACCACAGACACAGGAUUCAUCGCGGGUGUCGUCGUCGGGGAAUCACUCGUGA